ACAUGUUCUAUGGACAGAACAAAGACAAGGGUGGACAAUAACGUAGGUCCAAUUUGAACUGAACAGAGUGUCACCAAUUGUCUAGGACAGUCUGUAUCAUUAGCACCACCACUGGACGCCUUAGAUUAAAUGGUUUGAUUAAACAGCACACACAUUUUUCCAAAACAACAGGUUUGAUGUCACUGCUCAGCAGACACCCCGUUGACUUCAUGUUUAACUGUCGGACGCUUGUUUCUAUUUCAGGUUCUAAGUCUUCCAUUAAACCAACCGAACCCCUAAGCGAACAGACGUGAUAUAUUUAAUGGUGCGCUGUACUCACUCCAGGUCACCGUCGUGUUUUCAUGCUGUCAACUGCAGGGGUGACUGAUCUGCAGCGACUUCCGCCAUGCGCUUCUUCUCUGACUCUGCCUCACUUUCGCCGCACUGCGCCGCCGUGCUGCCCUCUAGCGGACACGACGAGCAAGUCACUAACAAAAAUGAAAACUAGGAAUGAAAAUGUUUUUUUUGCCUUAAUGUUUUAUGUGUGGUUUGUAUUAGCCUUCGCUUUGACUGCCAUAUGGUAAAGAAAUGCUAUUUAAAUAGUGAUGCACAGAGCUUCCAGUGAGCCUUUCUUCUCAUGCUUCCCUCUACACACAAAUUUUUAUGUUUGCAUCUCAUCAUGCAAAACAAACAGUAAAAACACUUGGAAACCUUUAGAACCACCCUGAGUGACAUUAUUGUUGUUUAACACGCGGGAAAAAGAGCUAGCAAUGUUAGCUGACAUAGCUAGCUCAUUAGCUACAUUAGCAGCUAAUAAUAAUAGUUGGAUCCAGAUGACAGGCUGGGUUCUCCAGGCUUUAUGCUAAGCUAAGCUAACUGACUGUGCCUUUGUGUCUCUGCAGUUGAAGUUUUGGAAAAAAAUGUAUCCAAAACUACAAUCACACCUGCUCCUUUAUAUUAAAACAUGCAGGCACUUUAAAGGAAGUGGGUAGAUUAAUUAAAGGAAAAGGAAAAAAUAUCCUGUUUUCUUUAAGCUAUAAGCUGGAACAGUCUGACUGACGGCUCUAAAAGGAGCAUGUAUUCAGAUGUGGGAACAUUUCACUGGAAACAACUUUCCUGCUCAUGCUUUUCAAUGGCUGCUAUAAAUAAAGCCAGUAGAUCUCAUCAGCUGGCGCAAAGAAAAGUGGAACUUUGCAGCCUUAGCUGCUGGAAAUAACACAGGUAUAACGUAUCGAUAGUUAUUACUGAUACUAACUGUGGGAGGUAGUUUCAUAUUCAUAGACCUAUUGUUUUAAAAAUUCAUUUUAUAUCUUGCAAAACGUGCGAUAAAACAUAAUAUUCACUCACUAACAUGAAGACAUUUCUUUACAUUUGCAGAAAGAUAGAAACAAUCCUGUUUACAUCUAAACUGAACUAAAUCUGUAUUGUGUGUGUGACACAGCAUUCCGUAUGGGUAGGACGCAUUUUGGUAACUCAAAUGCAAAUUGUAACCUUUCUCUCUUUUUUUUAUUUUAUGGUAAACAAAUGUGAGCUGGCAAGUGACACUACAGAGUUUACAGACUUUAUAAUGAAAGCUUAUUACACCUUCAUAGUUCAUUUGAGAAGUGAUUGAUUUUAGGUUUUAGUUUUUUCUGUCUUUUUACAUUUGUCUUUAACUGAUGAACAACUGACUUUUGUCUGCAGGUUUGUAUGUUUUUUAUUUUUCCCUCUAGGCCUUAUAAAAACAACUGGCUUUUUAUGAGAUCCACCAUCGACCCUGACACUCUUACAUCACCUGUGGAUGUUCAUCCAUGCAUGGUGGUAUUAUAGUUAUAGUUUGCAUAGAAGAGCCUCAUUAGUAUUUAUUUCUUGUGCCUUUUUCAGGAAUGUAAAUUUGCAAGACAAAUUUUUGCUGUGCGAGCUACGCAAAGUGUGUUUGACAUUAUAAUCCACAGGUCCAACAGAGUUAGUUUAGUGUAACUGUUCGGCGCUUGACUUUGCUUCAACCAAAGAAAGAGAACAUGACACGCAGACGCUGCAUCGCUUGGGUUUUGUUGCUGGGACUUCUAUGGAUGUCACCUAUUUCCCGAGUUCAUGGAAUAUUUGAAAGCUGUUUACCCUCAAAUAAAACUGCUGUGGUUGGUGACAAGUUCUAUGACGUCUACAAUAUUACAGGAAAUCUUUGUGUAACAUUUCUAAACAGAAACGCAUCUUUUAACAAAAACUUGACCGAUACACGGCCUCAGUGGAAUUUUAAUAAUCUGUACAUCUCAAAACAUCUUAUUAACCUGAAUUUUAGUAUGUACGUCUUAUGGGGAAAGUGCAAUACAACAAGCUACUUAUACAACGCAUCAUGUGACUACAACCUCAAUGAAACAGAGCAGUGCCAUGUUAGAUGUAUCCAGACAGGGACAAUAUGUAAAAGCAGCCUUUAUGAUGAACAGGGCUGCAAUAAGUCUGAAACAAAUGACAGGUACAUCAUCGAUGUUACAAACCCAAAUCAAACCUGCCUGAGCUGUAAUAAUCCUGCUAAGAAACCUGAUGAAUCCAUUAAAGUGAAUGUAACGGUGACUCUUACGCCAGAUGGAAACGUCAAAGCCUCUGACGCUGUGAAAGUGAUGGAUAACAUGGGUGAUCUUGUCUCCUCCAUGAACUCAUCUUCAGCUGCAUUAUCUCUAGGAGAUGGAAUCACUGGAGUCAUAGUGGCAAACAAAGACCCAGUAGACAUAGCUGAGGUCUCCUUUGGUUAUGCCUCCCCUAAUGACAGCAUAACUAUUUUAAAUAGUGAAGGUAAAUUGCAUGGCUUCUCAAGAUCUGUGUCCGUGUCCAAAGAAGCUUUUGAAAAAGCUCUCAAGUUGAACGUUACGCUGUCCUUCGCAGCUUUAAUGAGAUUCAACAAUAUGGAAAAGGACGCGUUGAACAGCACUGUCUUAGGUAACGAGGUUGUAGCGCUCGAACUGGGAGCCAGUAUCUCCAACCUCACGGAUCCUAUAAACAUCACUUUUCGGAACAUGGAAUACGACUGGAUUCCAACCUGCCACUCAUGGAACGGUCAAGGAAACCAAACAACGUGGACUCAAGAUGGAUGUAAGACCAUAACAAACGGAUCCACCAUCACAUGCCAGUGUUCACAUUUGACCUUCUUUGCCAUCUUAAUGACUGCUCCAAAUAUAACCAUCUCUAGUUCUGACUUGAACAAUCUCACUAUCAUCACCCAAGUGGGUUGUGGCUUGUCCAUGUUUUUCCUCAGCAUAGUCCUCUUCAUGCACUUUCUUAUGAGGAGGACCAAGGCCAAUAAAUCCACAAGGAUGCUGAUCCACCUCGUGGCGGCCAUGUUCCUGCUCAACUUCACCUUCCUCAUCAACAACUUUGUGGCGCAGAUGAAGAGUUCUGUGGGCUGCACCGCGAUGGCAGCCCUGAUGCAUUACUUCAUGCUGGCCACGUUCACCUGGUUCGCUGCUCAAGCCUUCCACCUUUGCCUCCAGCUGUACACGGGAGGCAAAAUCGAAGUCCAUCGUUACAUGCUGAAGGUUUCCAUCACCAGCUGGGACAUUUCAAAUCUUCUCUGCUUUCCAGUAAUACCGACUGUAAUUGGGAUUUCAUUGCUGGCUACUAAUAAAUAUGGUGAGCAACUCAUCGCUGUUGACAACUCUACAAACCCUGUGGCUAUGUGCUGGAUAACGGACGUCAACGUCCACUACAUCGUCAACAUCGGUUACUAUGGACUGGUCUUUCUCUUCACCUUCACCACCUUCAUCAUCAUCGUGUCCUGGCUCGUUUGUCUCAGGAGGCGCAACGGUGCAUCUAAAGUUAACAAAAAGGGCAAAAGCAUAAUGUCCAUAAUGGGACUGUGCUGCCUGCUGGGUCUCACGUGGGGGUUUGCCUUCUUCGCCUACGGGGUGCUCCAGAUCCCUGCCUACUACAUUUUCACAGUCCUCAAUUCAUUUCAGGGUUUCUUCCUGUUCAUCUACUACUACAACACCAGACAAACACCAGCGAGUGGCAAAAGUGACACCAAAAGCAGCACCUGCAGCAGCGCGACGGUUCAAACCAACAUUGACGUCGUGAUGAACCCCUACGCGAACUUUGGCAACAAAACAGAAAGCCUCAUGAAAUGAGUAAGACUUUAUGACCAAAGUAAAGGACAGGAGCACGUUAAGACUACAUUUUAGCAAUAAAACUUAGUUUAAAUAUUUUUAGUCACUUUCAGAGUCUUAAAGAUUUGGAUUUCUAAAAUUACUUCCAUAACAUACAACACACAACAUAAUUUUAUGCAUAAAUGUCAGUUCUCAAUGAAUACAGAAAUUAUCAGUUCUCAAUAUUUCUCACAUUAAAGUAAUUGAAGUUGCUGUGUGUAAAAGCUUAUUUAGAGUGAAAAGGUAAUAAAAUCAGAAAUAUAACACAAACAAGUCUUUAUUAAUAAUACAAUACCUUUAGUGCAUUUAGUGGCACUAACAUCAAUUCUGUAUGUACACAUUGUUUUCUAAAACCGUUCAGAGUAGGAGAGCUUCUGCUUCCCUCAGAUCCUUUUCCAAUUCGGCUGCUUCUAGAGAAAAGCUUUCCCGUUCUUGCAUCAUAAGCUCCCGUGUAUGAGUUAGAUCUGUCAUAGCUGCUUGGAUUUCCUGUACAUUAGAGGACAAACCUAAUGUGAAGCGAGUUGAAACAAGUAUCACAUUUACGCCCGUCAAUACGACCAUAUUAAUGCUUUGACUCACCUCCAGCCGAACACGUUGCUGUGAUGCAGUAUUGCUAAAAGCGAUUAAUUCAUUCAGCAGGUCUGUGGAAACACUCUGAAACAGAGAAAGGUGAAAAAGUUCCAUGAGUGGCACUAAAUUUUAUUCUCGGGGAAAUUAACCUUUCUACAUCUUUCAGACAGGUGCUGAACCUUCUAACAGAGCUCCCUCCCUUUUGAUUGCAUACUUAACCAUCUAAAUGAUAUGACCUUUGAUCAUUUGAAUGAUUAAUAAUAUACGCAGUAAAUUUUAAAAUUGGAAGUUAAAGUUUCUUUCUUCACUUUUAGGAUUUAAGAGGAUACGAGGUACAGAACAAAUCAUAGGUGUUUGGUUUUCCACCUAUAUUUUAGUUGUAGAUACUUGUGUAAUUCAGAUUCUUAUGUUUUGAUUCUAAGGUUGAUGAAGUGUAUAACAUUUGAAACAUGGCUGAAACAUAUAACAAUAUAUAAACAACAUGCAUGCAAACUGAAAUAAAAAUGUUUUUACCAUAA